UUCCCGCAGCCCUGAGGAACAUGAAGGUGGCUUCUCUGCUGGUCCUGUUUGGGCUGCAGCUCCUGUGCCUGGGGAUCCUGACGGAAGGGCAACCUAAAGCAUCUCCGAAGUGUUCAAAGGAGUGCGGUCGCUUUACAUCCCGGAUUCCCGAGAGGCGGAUAAAGAGCUACCGCCGGACUGAACCGCAGUGCUUCAAGCAGGCCAUCAUAUUUAUGACUCAGAAGAAUGUGGAGAUGUGUGCGAAUCCAGGAGAGGACUGGGUAAAGAAGGUCAUGCAGAUACUGGACCGGAAAAAAGCCUCUGUGGCAUCCUCACUUCCACAUGCUGCAACUUCAGCAGCAGUGCCAGAAGAUCCUGGAAUUUUUCACAAGCAGGUUGGUCUUGGAGUAACAGCUCCAUCUCAAGCCACCGCUCCAAGCAGUGCUUCUCAAGGGGCGGGCAGGCCAGUUCUGGAUGGUACAAAUGCUCCUGCUCUUGAGACAGGGGUGUCCAGCAAACCCACACAAGCCACGCUCCCCACGCAGGUCCCUACAGCAUCCUCUCCUGUGAUGUGGGACAUUGCUGCCCGCUCUGAAAUGGGUUCAGAAGCAAACGGUGAUUCCACCAAAGCUACUGCACCUCCAACAACCUUUGCAACAGGCACAGGCCCCAGCCAAUCCCUGGCUCCUGUGCAGGGCUUUGGGAACUCUGUAGGAUCUAUAGAAGAACACAGAGGAUACACCACAAAUGCUCAGGUUCCAGACAUGACUUCUCCUAUUUUGAACUCAGACCCUGUGUCCAUUACCAAAGCCCCAGACUAUUCUGUAGGUUCCACGGAUGGAUCCCGAGGCCCUACAAGUACAACAGCUGACACGUCAGAUGCGACUUCCAGGAGUUUUCAUUCAGAUCUUCCCUCCAUCCUAAGGAAUACCCCGAUAACCCCUUUUCCAGAAGCUACUUCAGUUUCUACACUAAACUCCACAGCUGUCACAAAUGAGGGUCUUUCUGAUCCUGCCAACAAGGUUUUCCAUUCCUGGACAGAUGUUUUUGAUAUUAGAACACCUGGACACUCUUCAGGAAAGCCGGAUCUUCCAGAUGCACCAACUUUUACCAGUCAAACCUUCUCGGGCCAAGCCAGAGCAUGGUUAACUACAGAAAAAACAAAUGCUCCCCCUUUUCCUAGCUUCUUGUCGAGAUCCCAAGCGCGCUUUGUCAUCAUAGUAGCUUCUGUGGCAGGUGGUGUGAUUGCUUGCAGUGCUGCUGCUGCUGCUGCUGCUGUACAGCUAUGGAAAAAAUGUGGACUCAAGAAAGCAGCAAUGCCCAUGGAAAUGGUACAGGGCUUGCUCUACCAGCAGGAGAGAUCUGCAGUCAAUGUCUGUCCAGAGGAAGUGAUCUGAUGGCUCCAUGGCAUGGAUGGGUUUUGUACAGAUCCUUCACGUCACUGCAGGAAAGCUAAGUGCAAAGCAGGGAAUACAGGAAUACAAAUACCAAAUGU